AAAAGAUGGUAGUACAACAUUUUUUACCAUACUACUGUCAUCUUAUUAUUAUAUGAUAGAACAUUUCUAUAAAAUGAAUGCAAAAAUAAUUAUUUUUAUAUUUUCAGUUUUCUGUUUUACACCAAAACUUUUUGAAGCUAGACACAAUGCAGCAGUAGCAAAAGCAGUAGCAGAAUUUGUCGCAGCACCAAAAUUAGAACCAGCAGCAGUAGCAAAAGCAGUAGCAGACUUUGUCGCAGCACCAAAAUUAGAACCAGCAGCAGCAGCAAAAGCAGUAGCAGAAUUUGCCGCAGCAGCAAAAUUAGAACCAGCAGCAGCAGCAGAAUUAGAAGCAGCAUUACUAGCAGCAAAUGCUGAAUUCGAAAGAAAUGCAAAUAUUAUUAGAAGUACUGGCAGAAAAGAUGCGGAAGAUCUUGUUAAAUGUUUGCACGUCUAUGUACAUGAAUUUACGGACAUAUCAUACGCAGACAUAGCUAGAAUUUUAUUGGAUUAUGGAAAUUCCAAAAAUAAGCAACAAGUGAAAAUGUUUUUUGAAUCUUUCCUCGGAGGUGAAUUGAGUGAUGAACUUAUUCAAGCUAUCAAUGAUUUUGAACGUGAAAAAAUUCGUGUCAAGGAUGCAUUGCGUUUAUUUAACCGUCCUCUUGAAAGAAGAAAGAAAAUUGUUAUAGUUUUAUCUGAUGAUGAUUAAUUUCAUAAAAAUAUAUUAUUUUAUAUGAUACAUGCUAUUAAAAUAUUAAUAUGGAUGAUUAAAAUGACGCAAAUAUAAAACAAAUAUAAAUAAUCUUUCUGUUUGGUUUUUUAUAUUAUUUUGUCAUUAUUUUAAAACUUAUAAUGUUUGCAUAUAAUAUGGUGUUGUCAUUUGUACAUGUAUGUCACAUAGUAUUAAUUUACGAGGUCACCAAAACAGAGUUCCCUUUUUUAAAACACAAUAUAACCAGUUAACUAAGGAAUAGAAUCUUAUUUUAGUAAAGUAACGCCUAUAUAUAGAUUCUAUAUUAAGCCCAGUUAAUCACAUUUAACAAAUUAUUAAGAUCUCCAGCUCCCAAAAUCAGGCAAGGGAUCGCUAUACUACUCU